AUGGCUACUGCUGCCACCGCGGAGAUGCUGCCGCGCUUUCUUCUGCCGCGCUUUCUUCUGCCGCGCCUCAGCUGGCAGCCCGCAACGGCCCCUCGCCGUCUAGUAGCCGCGGCCAUUCCGCCACUGGCCGCUCGCCAGCUGCAGCAGCUCUCCCAUGCGCGACGACCUCGAAUCUCUUCUGCGAGAAGUGACCGGAGCAGCCCGAUUCUGUCGCGCGCAUUUCACGCCUCGGCGCCGCGGGCGCGCGAUCACCACUUUGAUACGCUCAAGUUUGUCAAGCGGCUGCGCGACGAGGGUUUCACCGAGGAGCAGUCGGUGGCCAUGAUGAAGGUCCUGAGCGACGUGAUUGAGGAGAGCAUCCAAAACCUCACUCGCACCAUGGUUCUCCGCGAGGACUCGGCCAAGGCCACGUACACGCAAAAGGUCGACUUUGCCAAGCUGCGCUCUGAGCUGCUCUCGGCCGACAGCACCGAGACCAACACGACGCGCGGCGCGCACGAGCGCCUCUCCAACGACAUUGCCAAGCUCGGCAGCCGCCUGCGCGACGAGGUCGCCCGCACCCAGGCCAGCGUCCGCCUCGACCUCAACCUCGAAAAGGGCCGCAUCCGCGAAGAGGCCCUUGGCCAGGAGCUCAAGAUCAAGGAGACUGAGACCAAGAUUGAGCAAGAGGUUGCCGCGCUCCGCGAGAAGCUCGAGCAGGUCAAGUUUCAGACCCUGCAGUGGCUGAUGGGCGUCUGCACUGGCUUCGCUGCUGUGCUGCUCGGUGCUUGGAGAUUGCUCAUCGCCCACGAUGCAUUGGCUUCCGUCGCCCAAAUCGGCGGCAUGAUCCAGCCAACAGCAACCAACAGGGCCGAUUUUCUCGCCGAGUGCCAGUCCGAGGCCUUUUCCGGCGUCGAGGCCAUCUUUCGCACCUACGGCUCCGCGCGCAUCACCGGUCUCUUUGACGAAGAGCUCGUAUCCGCUCUACCCAAGAGCUGCCGCUUCGUGUGCCACAAAGGCGCCGGCUAUGACCAAAUCGACGUGGCGGCGUGCCGCGCGCGCGGCAUUCGCGUCUCCAACACGCCCACCGCCGUCGACGAGGCCACCGCCGACGUGACGCUAUUCCUCAUCCUCGGCACCCUGCGCAACCUCAACGUUGCCAUGAAGACGCUCCGCCAGGGCACCUUUCGCGGCGCCAGCGGCCCCGACGGCGACCCCGCCCGCCUCCCCGCGCUCGGCCACGACCCGCAGGGCAAAGUGCUGGGUAUCCUAGGCAUGGGCGGCAUCGGACGCAGCGUCGCGGCCAAGGCGCGCGUCUUUGGCAUGAAGAUCCGCUACUACAACCGCAAUCGGCUGGCGGCGGAAAACGAGGCCGGCGCCGAGUAUGUUGAUUUUGCGACGCUGCUGGCGGAGAGUGAUGUCCUGAGCCUCAACCUCCCGCUCAAUCCAAAGACACGACACAUCAUAUCGACCAAAGAAUUUGGCAUGAUGAAACGCGGCAUCGUUAUAGUCAACACAGCCCGUGGCGCCGUCAUGGACGAGGCCGCGCUCGUGGAGGCGCUAGACAGGGGCAUCGUGUCGAGCGCGGGGCUCGAUGUCUUUGAACACGAGCCCGAGGUGCAUCCGGGGUUACUGGCCAACGACAAAGUCAUGCUGGUGCCGCACAUGGGCACAUGGACGGAAGAGACGGAGACCAAAAUGGAGGAGUGGGCGCUGGACAAUGUGCGGCUCGCGCUGCAGCAAGGCCGGCUGAAGAGCAUUGUGCCGGAACAAAAGGAUAUGCAGUAA